UUCCUGGACCGUUUUUUCCCAAACGUGGGAGACUGGAGAGAGUGAGUGAGUGAGUGUGUGUGGAGGAGAGAAGUGGGGAAGAGAGGGGAGGAGACCUGCUGAAGACAGAGAACAACACAGAACUUCAGACCAAAGUUUUCAGAAGAUCUGUUGGUACGAAUACACAAGAAUCCACCAAAAUGGCUUUCCUGUUGAUGUUCGUGACCGUCCUGCAUUUGGUCACCCUGGCCAUGCUUUUCAUCGCCACCAUGGAGAAGUCCUGGUGGUCUUGGGCAGACAUAGAGAACAGAGAUCUCUGGUAUAAGUGCACCUAUGAAAACGCCACAGAAUCUUGGUUAUGUGCAUCUGCCAACGAGAGCGAAUGGCUGCAUUCAGUCCAGGCCCUUAUGAUUUUGUCCGUGGUGCUCUCUUCCAUCUCCUUCAUGGUGUUCCUCGGACAGCUCUUCACCAUGUCUAAAGGAGGGCUUUUCUACUUCACUGGCCUGUGUCAACUAUUUGCAGGUUUAGCAGCGUUUGCCGCUGUUCUUAUCUACACCUUUCAAAGGAGGGAGAUUCUUGAAGAUGCUCAUGUACUGGAAAAGGGUCAUUUCGGCUACUGUUACAUUUUGGCCUGGGUGUGUGUGCCUCUUUUACUCAUUAGUGGAGCACUUUAUGUGCAUCUGCGCAAACGGGCCUGAUUGUUUUUGCUUAACACCACACUUGCUUCAGUAGUUUAGUUUGCUAUUUGAUUAUAUAUGCUAAUGGCUGUUUUUAGGUAAGUCAAGUUUAUGAUAUGGCUUAUUGUUAUUUAUUGUCAUUGUGUCAGUUUUUAGGACCAAACUUCCAACACCCUCUUUGCUGCUUUUGCUGAGUUGCAACAAAACUUGCUGUAUUUUCCCAUAGUUGGGAAACUGCUGCUUUAAGUUUGAUGCUGUUAAUCAAAUGGGAUUUUAAUGCAAAAAAAAGCUGGAAGUUUACUCACCCUCAGGACAUCCAAAACGUUAAGAGUUUUCUUCAUCAGAACAGUUUUCGAGAAAUUUAGCAUUAUAUCACUUGCUCAUCUUUGCAGUGAAUGGGUGCCGUCAGAAUGAGAGUCCAAACAGCUGAUAAAAACAUCACGAUACUCUACAAGCGAACCACAAAACGAAAAGCUGUGCUGAGUCCUCUAUCCAUAAUAUUGCUUUCUUUAGUGAAAAAUUGAUCUACGCAGAGAUUAAGCACAUUUUACAAUUUAAAAAAAAAAAAGUUUGAAACAAA